UCAACAUAAGAAUUUCAAUAUAUUACGCCGUAAGAAAACUACAACCGGAAGUACCUUUCUGGUGCAAUACCGAAAAACUCGGUCAGUCUGCAGUCCGCCACAUAGUCUUUCCACUUGCCCCGUAAAUAGUGUAACUCCGGGUUAGUAUCUUGUUGUCCUCAUAUUGCUACGACCCGAGAGGCGGGCGGAGUUCUUUAUUCAGCCUGUCGGCCAACUUGCUGAUCGCUGAACGUAUCCAAACCCUAUAGACUUGAAUGGCCCGACUGCCAUGCCAUAUGGACCAAAGUGCGGUAUUGUUUUCAAAGGGUGACUAAUGCAGCUGCAUAAUUCGACUAAGAAGUGAUAUUCUCAGCUGUGAACAGGCCUUCCCCAACCUGUGACGGCCCAGUGAAGCCAGCAGUGAUGCAUAUGGAUAAUGGAGACUGGGGAUGCAUGGUUAGUGGAAGAGGGGAGGCUCGCACGUACUGGAAAGCAUUAAUAUGACUGAUCCAGUUACUCUGAAUGUUGGUGGUCACCUGUACACCACCUCACUGUCCACUCUGCAGCGGUACCCUGACUCAAUGCUGGGGGCCAUGUUCCGCGGAGAUUUCCCUUCUGCUCGAGAUGCCCAUGGCAACUACUUCAUUGACCGUGACGGACCUCUCUUUCGUUAUGUCCUGAACUUUCUGCGUACAUCUGAACUCACUCUUCCCGUGGACUUCAAAGAGACAGACCUCCUACGCAAAGAGGCUGAUUUCUACCAGAUUGAGCCUCUGAUCCAGUGUCUAAAUGAUCCCAAACCUCUUCACCCACUGGACACAUUUGAGCAGGUAGUGGAGCUGUCCAGUACACGUAAACUGUCAAAGUACUCCAACCCAGUAGCAGUCAUCAUUACCCAGCUGACCAUUACCACCAAGGUACAUUCCCUUCUGGAGGGUAUUGCCAACAACUUCACCAAGUGGAAUAAGCAUAUGAUGGACACCAGGGACUGCCAGGUGUCUUUCACUUUCGGACCAUGUGACUACCACCAGGAAGUAUCUCUUAGAGUCCAUCUCAUGGACUUCAUUACUAAGCAAGGCUUUGUCAUACGGAAUACUAGGGUGCAUCACAUGAGUGAACGGGCCAAUGAGAAUACAGUGGAACAUCACUGGACAUUCUGCAGACUUGCUCGCAAGGUUGAGGAUUAAAGGACUAGGCUGACAAUAAAAUAGUACCAGUGUCUGUUGUACUGUAUUUACUGACUUUGUUAAAAAUGAAAAAGAAUUGCAUCACAUGAUUUUACAUACGGUACAACGACACACAUAGAAAUCAUUUUAGAAAUCAUUAUAGAAGUUCUUGUUUUUGUAAAGAGACCCCACAAACAUUUCAGUAGAACUUAAAUGUUACAGUAAAUGUUAAAUAUUGAAAUGGAAUUAACAGCAAUAACUUUUAUAUGGUUAUCGAAAAACUUUUUAAAAUAAAGCAGUUUUCCAUUCAGUAUGGUUUUUAUAGGCUUUUUUAAAGUCUAAAUUUUGUUUGUGGUAAUGUGUUUUGUAUUAAUUGUAUUAGUACUUGUGGCCUUGCCAUAUAUUGUGUUAUUGUGAUAAUUUAAAAAAUGACCGUGGCAAGGAAUAUAACAGAUAUAUUCCAGGACGAAGUCAAAAGUGUUUUCCUCUGAAUCACCUUUUGUGCUAUACUUGUUAGAAUAUGAGUCAUUAUGAUAUGCAGAAUAUCUUGAAGUAUGUAGGAAUUGCAGUUUAGUUAUAGUCAGGAUUGUAAAAGUGACUUUUCAUCAAUGGCAGUGGCUGUAACUUUCUGUCCCCUGUAUAGGGAAACUGUCACAUUUUUGUGAACUAAUUGCUUCCAUAUGUUCAUAAUUUCUUAUUUAGAAACAUACCAAUAAAGGAACAGUUUUUUUAUGUAAGUAUAGCUGAAUUUGCAAUUGGAUUAUGGAACAUCACAUGGCUGCAUCUCAAAAUAAAUGUGUAGAUCGAUGCAGACUUAUUGGUUCUUGUAUUAUGAACAAUAUCAAAAGUAAUACCUGGAAUUUAAAGGCUAUUUUGCCUAUGAAACAGUAUUUUAUAGGCAUCUUAAGCUAUAGUAAGUGGCACGUGUAUCGUGAAGUCUGCGAUUUGUCUGUGUUAAGUAUUUAUGUCAAUAAAAGAAGCAUUUUGUGGGUA